GUGGAGGCGGAGGGAGGCGGCGGCGGCGGCGGCGGCGGCGGCGGAGGGGGGAAGAUGGCGGCGCCCGUCCUGCUGAGAGUGUCGGUGCCGCGGUGGGAACGGGUGGCCCGGUAUGCAGUGUGCGCCGCCGGGAUCCUGCUCUCCAUCUACGCCUACCACGUGGAGCGGGAGAAGGAGAGGGACCCGGAGCACCGGGCCCUCUGCGACCUGGGGCCCUGGGUGAAGUGCUCCGCCGCCCUGGCCUCCAGAUGGGGUCGAGGAUUUGGUCUUUUGGGUUCCAUUUUUGGAAAAGAUGGUGUAUUAAACCAGCCAAACAGUGUCUUUGGACUUAUAUUUUAUAUACUACAGUUAUUACUUGGCAUGACAGCCAGCGCAGUUGCAGCUCUGGUCCUCAUGACCUCCUCCAUCGUGUCUGUGGUGGGGUCUUUGUACCUGGCCUACAUUCUGUACUUUGUGCUGAAGGAGUUUUGCAUCAUCUGCGUCACCACAUAUGUGCUGAACUUCCUCCUCCUCAUCAUCAAUUACAAACGACUAGUUUACUUGAAUGAGGCCUGGAAGCGACAGCUGCAGCCUAAGGAAGACUGAUGGCCAGCGGACCUCCACCCAACCAACACUUCUUUCAUUAAGUUUAUUUUGCAAGGUUUUUUUUUUUUUUUAAUUCACAACAGACACUUUCCCUGAGAAUCUUAAACUGAUUUUUUAAAAUAUUGUAAAUUAGAAGGGGCCCUAGCUAUUUCCUGUGUCAGUCUUCAUUUUAAAUCUGGAUACAAAAAAGGAUACGCCGAGCCAAUCAAAGACAAGCUUUAACUUUACCUUGAAGAUGUUUCUGAGAUAAUAAAAAGUAGCCCUAGCCCCUGGUCCUCAACCGUAAAGUGAGCAGCCAUUGCUAGCAAUUCUUUAAUGUGUAUAAAUUCAAUUUCAGGUAUAACAAAUUGUGAUCAUGAACAUGAAAAUAUUUUAGAAUAGAUACUGUAUUAAAUAUUGCCAUGUUUACAAUAUGUAAUAUGUUUUUAGCCAAUGGAUUUAAACCUGUAGAUUCAAUUAGAGUCCAUUCGUGUGAUAUUUGUAAAUAAAGGUAGAAACAUUGGAUCCACCCCUGCAGAACUUACUGUACAGUCUAGUUGAAGUGUAGCAAGGAAUUGUCAGCUCUUUGUGACUGAUAAACAGUGGAGAUUGUAGAGGCAAACAGAACAUCUUGGGAAAUGCGCUUACAGCCCUGGUGCAGUAUUGACAGCAGAAACAGUAGGGUGGUUGGUUCCCUUCCAUCUCCCACUCUGAGAGGAAGAAACUAAGUCUGAACAUCCAAGUCAAGUUUGACUAGUCAGAACUGGAUGGAUGGUAACUGUACGGGAUGUCACAUGACUAGACCUUUUAAUUCCAAGGCUCUCAGGACACUGAUGAUGGGAAGUGGAUGUGGUCUUUGGAGAAAAACUGAAUCCACUAUUGCGUUUCUGGGCAAAGCCUCUUAAGCAGCCGCUGAGCUCUCAGUCCACAUGUGUAUUCCCUUGAUUCCGGUGCCAGUCAGCUCAGCAGUAUUACGACUGAAGUAGGCACAAGCCAAGUGCUCUGAGGUUGGUCCACAGUGUUUCCCCUUCUUGUUUCUUCUUGCACUAAGGAUGAUCAGUAAGUGUUUCAGAAUCACAUACUGAAUUUGUAAACCUUAGGGCUGUCGGGAGGAACUGUUUGCUGACUCAGAAGAAACACAACACGUAGAAAGACCUGGGAGAGAAAUGUGGAAACUUUGUCCCACUCCGGUAGCCACCCAGAAGCAGUAAGAAGAACCCCAGAGGUGAUCUGAAUAAACCCCAAUGGCAUGGCGACUGGGUUUCUCUGGUUAGCAUCUUACAGGAGAUGUUAAAAGUGCCUUCUGUCUUAAAUCUCAAACCAAAUCAUUCUGUGUGUUGAACUGGGGCAGAAGUAUCCCUCCUUUCCUUCCUUACCAUGAAGCAGAGAACUUGCAUUCUACCAGAAGGGUCCGUGCGGCCAUUUUAUUCCUCGGGUUGAAAAGUGGCAAUGUUUUUGUUUAUGAUUUGGUUAAUAUGUUAAAAAAUAGGCAACUAGACAGCAAAUUCUGAGACAGCAGUUGUUGAGUGCUUUAUGACCUUCAGUUGUACUGAUGCACCAUAGGAGUUUGGCCUGGGGCAGGUAUAAAAUAGGAAUUGUAAUGCUUCUUUAGGAGCUUCUAACCAGUGUCUUAAGACAGCUUAAUUCCGAUUUCAUCAAAGGUUGUGUUUCCCCAUGAAUGUGAACAUUUCCGUGACUAUCUUACUAUGUAUGCAUUGCUGUUGUCUUCUUAAGUAGUUAAAGAACGUCUAGAAAGUACUAAACGGUAUUUAUGGUAAACCAAGUCCUCAUUCGAGAACUGUACAGUGAGGUCAUCUCAUAUCCCUGUGUCCGGGUCUCCCAAGGCAGUGGAAUGGCUAAUAGCUAAGACUUCUGCUACUUACAUAUCAAAGCUCUGCUAAACAUGUCCCCUGGGUCCCGAUCCCAAAUGACCUUUUCUGUCUUUCAUCACUCAGCAGAAUGAAGUUAAACCUUGUCUUAAUGUCUCCAACCCCUACUCAAGAAAAUGUGAGAGGGUUCCAUCCACCAGACCAAUUAAGGCUUCCCUUUGCUUUCCUAAGUCUUGGGAGUACCACCAUUAUUGAUUGUAUGACUUGUUUAUUUGUUUGUUUGUUACAUUCCUGUGACCUAAUAGAAUGGAUACCCCUUUCUCACUGAGAGUCAACAGGUGCUGUUGGAGAAACAGCAUUUGCCGACUGUGUGCUCAUGCUUGCCUGUGGUCCCAUCACUUGGAGUAUAGAUGCAGAAGGAUCAGGAAUUCAAGGGUAUUUUGACUACAUAGCAAAAUAGAGACCAGCAUUAGCUACAGGAGACCCUACCUUUUAAAAAAAAAUUUUUUUUUUUUUUUUUUUUUUGCUAAAAUAUAUGUUCUCUGUAAGUGAGCCUGUUGUGUUUUAUUUGGUAGUUUUGCCCUGAGGGAAUUUAGACUUCUCUCUGUACCUAAACCUAGUGGAACGGGGGAGGAAAACACUGUGUUUUAUAAAACUGCUAAUCUUGCUAUGACUGUUUCAGACUGAGGAUUUAAACACUGAAGAAGCAGGCCGGGCCUGGUGACACACACCUUAAGUCCCAGCACUUGGGGAGCAGAGACAGUUGGAUCUCUGAGUUCUAGGCUGCCCUGGUCUAGGUAAUGAGCUCCAGGACAGCCAGGGCUAUAUAGUGAAACCCUGAAAGCCUACGCACAAAAUAUAAUAAUAAUAAUAAUAAUAAUAAUAAUAAUAAACACUGCUAGUUGACUUAACAAUAAACACGGAAGGGCAGACCAGGGGGAAAAUGAUUCCUACAGGAAUUCUGUGCUUCAUGCUUUUGAAAUGAUUCAUAACAAAGGAAGCCUCUCGAUUCAUAGUGACGGGAGUAAGACAGGUUCUGGCUAGGUGUGCUCCAGGGGCUGUGGUUGCCUUGUGGGAUUUCCCUUGGUCCUUUCCCACAGCUAGCUUCUGUCCAGGAGGGUAAACUUCUGAUACAACUCAGGUUUAACUCGUUGCACUAGCUGUAUUCCAAGAAUUAUUUUUGCUUCAUCUAUGUGGCUUUUCCUUCAGCUCUUUUGUGAUGGUUGUUGUUUUGUUUUUAAAGAGACACGGGAUCUUUCUCUGCAGCCUAGGCUGUCCUAGAAUUCAGUACAUAGCCCAGGCUGGCUUCAAACUUGACAUUCCUCCUGCCUUAGCCUCCCAAGUGCUGGGAUGAGUGGUUUAAAUUCAUUAUACGUAAGGAAUGGUGAAAAACAUUGACCUUUUUAAUGUAAAGGGACAAGUUUUGGGGGCUGGGGAGGUGGCUUAGCAGUUAGGAGAACUCAGUCUUACAGAGGAUCCAGGUUUGGCUCCAACCACCCUCAUGUCUGCUUAACAACCUUUAUCUGCAACUCCAGUUCCUGGGGGUCUGACACUUUCUUCUGGCCCCUGAGGCCCUGCGAGCAUAUGGUACAUAGACAUAUAUGCAGGCAAGACACUUAUAUACAUACGGAAGUAUUUUGUUUGGUACAAAAGAUCCUUGUACCUAUGAGGUAAGAUAGAGGACAAUAAAAUUAAUAUUGUUGCUUUUUUUGUUUUCUUCUACUUAUAAUUAUAUUAAGAUUAUUAAAAGUGCAGCCAGGAAUGGUGGCACAUGCCUGUAAUCCCAGCACUUGAGAAGUAGAGGCAGGAAGACCAGAAGUUCAAGGACAGUCUGGGCUAUUUUGAGACCUUGUCUCUAGAAAAGCAAAAUCUCAAAACACAAAAACCACUCAGCCGUUACUGGAUAAGCUCUAGCUGGUACCAGCAGUUGAUUCUGAUGGAUACUGGCAGGUGGUGGGUGACCUGACCUUAAAGGUCAGAAAAAUGUCAGCAAAGUUCCCCACCAGCAUGUCCAGGAACCUGUCUGGGAUCCACUCCUGUUUUCUUCCAAUGCACAUCAAUCAGUGACCCCGCCCCUCUCCACCCCUAAGCAUUUUAGGCAGUGAGCUUAUAAAUCCUAAUUUUGUGAGAACCGAGUCAUAAAGAGCAGAGUAGGAUUCCAGGCAGUGUGAUCAGAUACCCCUUCCCCCUUUUCAACUAAUUGGCCCAGGAGAGGUAAGGUGUUCCGAGGCUGUAUUGGUGUGGCCUAGAUAAUAGGUAUAUAUAACCUGUGAAGUAUGUUCCAUCUAAAAUACUACUACUGCUUCGAAAGCUCCUGAGUAAACCUUCAUGUAAAAAGGAGUUCACUGGGAAGAUUCCCUCUUUAAUAUAGAUAGAAAUAUUCUUUAUCAGAGAUUUAGGAUACCAUUUUGCUAACUGGUAAAUACAGAUGUAAAUAUGUAAGAAUGUUUAUUUGUUGCACAUAACUUUUUUGGUAUAAAAUAAAUGUAGACAAUUACCUGUGGA